GUGUGUGUGUGUGUGUGUUUUUCUCCGGACUCUCACAUGACCUAAGUGUUUGUUCCCGUGAUCAACAUUUCCAUUAAACGCUUUGGGAAGUUGGAGGUAGAUGGAUGUGCUGCAGCAGACUUUGGACUCCUCGUUGAGGCAAAUGAAACAAGAAAAGGACACAUCAGAGAUAACCGAAGACGCUUUGAGAGGAGGUGAAGCGGCUGCAUUUCCUCACACUUCAGCUUUCACUGACCGGAGCGUCCAGUAUCAGUUUCUCCCCGACAGCAGCGGUACGCAGGUAACCUAUCAGGUUGUUCAGUUGACUAAUCAGCCGUUGGUGGGUGGGACAGUUGGCGUGGUGUCUUCUACUUCAUUUACUGGAGCCCAACAGGCUGUGAUCCAGAGUCCCUUCAGUAAUGGAGGCAAUCCUGCAGUAGAGACGAUCGGAGGCGAGGCACGCUUCUCCUACAUCCCACCAGCUGCCGUAAGCGAUGCGACAACCGCCGGAGUUUCAGCCCAUCCGGCCGAACCCACACGCUCUCACACAGCAGGUCAGUUCUACGUGACGAGCACGCCGGAAGUUCUUCAGCCAGGCGCACCACGUACCAUAGCUCCCCGCACUCAUCCAUAUGCAGCGAAGAUGGAAGGACUGCGAACGCCGAGAGACGAACGCAGGAGGGCGCAACACAAUGAAGUGGAGCGACGGAGGAGAGACAAGAUCAACAACUGGAUCGUGACGCUGUCUAAAAUCAUCCCAGACUGCAGCAUGGACAGCACUAAAACCGGAGCGAGUAAAGGAGGCAUCCUGUCCAAGGCCUGCGAUUACAUCCAGGAGCUGCGGCAGAGCAACCACACACUCCACGAGAGUCUCCACGAAGUGAAGAGAGUCCAGAUGGACAACGACAUCCUUCGACAGCAGGUGGAGGAGCUGAAGAACGAGAACGCUUUGCUCCGAGCUGAGCUACAGCAGUGCCAAGCCGCCACAGAAGUCACAGACGUGCCAUCGCAUUGAGCCUGAGGACAAAGAUUCUUUCUUUAAAAAAAUGAAGCACAAUUUUUUUUAUUGUGGCAAUUUGGGGAUUUUCGCAUAUUAACAUGAACUGAAUGAUGAACAGGACGGCGUUCCAGAGCAGUGUUAUUCCAAAGCAAAAAGUGCUCCAUGCUAAAUAUAGAAGGCGUGAAAGACUGAGUGAGAUGUAGAACCCGGACACCUGCUUUAGUUUAUUCUUGUCUAUUUAUUAAGCUUUACUGUCACAACUUAGUGAAUUCCUAUGCCAUGUAGGCCUUUUUACUAUGGUGUUGAAGUAUUUAUUAUCAUUAUUAUUAUUCUUAUUAUUUUAAUAACUUUGUUCACUUUUCCAUUUUGCUAUUCAUGCUAUUCACAAUAUCAGCUUCUUGGUUAAUAUACUUGCAAUUCAGUCAGUAACAGUAAUUCUGUAUUAUUUGAACCUCACGACUACUGAACUACCAUUCGAUUCAAUUUACACCGCUUCAUUAAAGGAAAACUCCAGAGCUUUUCAACCUCAUCUCUAUCCAUAGCAUGCGUCAUUGUAUUAUGCCCAUGAACAAGCAUUGCAACAGCUUUCCCUGUAGUGAGAAAAGAACAAAAACUUUGUUUACUCAAAUUGUACUUGUAAUAGAAGUCUAAGGGCAGUUGUGAAAUGUUCUCAAUGAUUGGUAUAAAAUGUGUGACAAUACAGGAUGAGAGACACGUGGGAAUGUUUUUUUAUAUAGGGUUUUUUAAAAUUUAAAUAAUGUAUAACUUUAUAAUAUUUUUUUUUAAAAUAAAGUAUAACUUUAUAGCACAGGAAUAAUAAAGUUAAGAAGUAUUUCCAGUUACUUAGCCACGCCUAACCGUGAGCUUAUAUACAGUACAUGAGAUGAGGAAGUGAACAGGAAAUUGCAGUUAAAGGUCAUGGUGGAACUGAGGAGAGUGUGACCUCUGCUGGUGGGGAGGGAUAACGUCCUAAAGCUGGUGUUAUGCUUUGACUGAAGAAUACAGAAAAGUGUUUAUCAGUGGAAUUGUAUAGCCGCCCUUAGAGUAGCAUUAAAAGUCCAGAGAAAGUUUCGAGUAAUUGGCUUUUCUGUUCUUUUCUCGGGACAGGGAAAUACGUGGACAUUUUGUUCUGUGCUCAUCACACCCGUGAUACUAAUGCAGUAGAUUGAGAUCAGGUUGAAUCCUUGAAGUACAUCUCAGUGGACCAGUACAAACAAAGAACUGAAUUCUUCUUCUUUCUUUUUUUUUUUUUAAUGAAUUCUUCAGUGUUUAGAAGUAAAUUUCAUGUUACACAUAAAGCAAAAACGCCGGCACGUACAGUAGCCAUUUGAAAGGGCACGGUGCUGAUGGAUAAUGAGCCAUGUGUAAUGAAACUCACUUUCACACCAUGAUGGGCUAAACGGGCCGAUUUGUCGCUAAAAGCUGGUACAUUUCAUGUGUGAAAAUGCAGUUUACAACUGAGGGAUCUGUUACAUUUCUCUACGCCGACGAGCCUUCAGGCAAUCUGGUUGCGGCUAGAGCCCUUUUUUAUUAAGUAAUUUUACUUCUGCAGUAUCAGCGAAGCAGCUUUUUACUCAUGCUGAGAUGCUUAAAGGAACAGUUUGGCCAAAAAUGGUUUGCUUUACCCCAGAAUCGAAGGUUGGAAGUGAUUCAGAUGACAAUAUUGUUCCAGUUGAUUUGCAUAGUAAUUUUUUUGUUUGUUUGUUUGUUUUUUAAUACUUAUUCUGCUAUUUUAUCAAUCUGUUUAUGUACAAAUGGUAUUACUGAUCCAAUCUGUCUUUUGAAAUAGUCUGCCUUUUGAAGAUUAUGAAUACAGUUUGCAUGAUGGUAAGCUUGAGGCUAUAAGCUUCCAUUACUUGUUAUCUACAUUAGCCUCAGAACCGGAGCGCAAGAAUUAAAGGAGCGAACGUCAGACGUAAAAAUAUCUUGGCUGACUGACCACAUUUGGAUGAUUGCGCGAAUUUCAAUUUUUGGCUAAACUCUUCUGCUGUUUGUAGGUAAUGAUAAUGAGGCUUUAUUUAUAUGAGGCUUCACAUAUACAUAUGCACAGUGAAAUUCUUUUCUUCGCAUACCCCAGCAUGUUAGGAAGCUGGGGUCAGAGCGCAGGGUCAGCCAUGAUACGGCGCCCCUGGAGCAGAGAGAGUUAAGGGCCUUGCUCAAGGGCCCAACAGUGGCAGCUUGGCAGUGCUUGGACUCAAACCCCGACCUUCCGAGCAGUAACCCAGAGCCUUAACCGCUAAACCACCACUGCCCUCUAUGAUACCACCACUGACAGGUAUGAUAACGUCAAAGAUCAAUCAAGCUGAUGUCAAACACUUAUGAAUAUAAGAAUUAAAAGGUUUUUUCCCCCUCUUUCGCCCAAUAAGAAUGUACCUUUAAAGCUUUAAUUAUAAUUAUCACCAUUCAUUCUUCGCCCUGCGAUGGACUGGCACCCUGUCCAGGGUGUACCCCGCCUUGUGCCCGAUGCUUCCUGGGAUAGGCUCCAGGUUCCCCCGCGACCCUGAAAAGGAGUAAGCGGUUGAAGAUGGAUGGAUGGAUGGACCAUUCAUUCAUCAUCUUUAGUAACUGUUUAUCCUGGUCAGGGUCAUGACCGAUCUGGAGCCUAUCCUGGGAAUUCUGGGAACUAGGCAGGAGAAAUCAUCCCAAGGAACACAAAUUUAUAAUACACGUUAGCUUUAAAAGAUAUAUAUAUAUAUUUUAAAUGAAACCACUAUAAAUCUUAUUUAAACAUAACUGACGGUGAGUUUAUUUAUUUAAUUCUAUGACUAGCAUUGCUGAGUUAUUACUGAGUAUUGGACAAAUAUUGGCCUCAAACACUGGAUCAGUUGGAUUUGACAACAUGUGUUCUGAUCUGAUCUUUUUUUUUUCUUUUCUUUUCUUUUGUUUUUCUGGACGUGUGCGACGUUGACUUUUUUUUCCCCCCCAAGUGAAGUAGCUCAGACAGGAUUAUGAUUUCCAUCCUAAGCUCGUCAUUAGCUUAAAAAUUCAUCUCAGGUAUCAGACAAAUCUCAGCUUCAAUAUGUGUAUUGUAUCACAAAUGAAAUAAAUCGGAUCAGUACCAGCUGGUACACACGUAUAAUUCUAGUUUUAGCUGCUGCAUUUAUCUUCGCAUUACAUUAGCAGACUUCCAGACCUGAGCAGUUCUGCGAUUUUAAACUCACAACCAUCUGAUCUACUACUGCGGCUUAAACUUAUCGAAUUAUAUAUUGCCUGUUCUGUUUUUUUCUGCUUUGCAAGAAGCUUUUUCAAAUCUCCUACCUUGAAGCGAGCAAUAAUAAAGCAAUAAAACAAAACUUUACAGCGAACAGCACAGAGAUGUUUGUGUGUUUGGGGCAGUUGUAACUGUGGGAAACAGCUGUUUUAAUCAAAUAUGCUUUGUCGGUCUCAGAGUAUCUCAUUAAAGAAAUUAUGUUAGUUGCCUUCUGGGCACAGUUAUGUCAGCUGACUCCCUCAUCUACCAACAUUUACUUUUGAGCUGAUAAAGCAACAGAACAACCUUUAAUGGAACAAAAAUAUCUUGAAUACAUUAUAUAUAAAUUCAUUUAAUAUUUCUCAUAUUUCUCGAAUAUUGUAGUCUUUUAGCUUAUUUCAAGCCUUAUUGUAUUUUUUUCUUUUUUCUUUCUUUUUUUAAAAUUUUUUUUAUAAAGAAGCUAAAUUAUCUGCCAAUAGAAUAAAAUUGGAAGUAGUAAAUAUGUCUAGAAAUAGGCUUAAUAGUCUUAUAUUUAGAUAAGAUAAGAUAUAUUAGAUAACUUUUCCUUUGUUCAUUUGCUACGAUAUUUUUUUUUUAUAACCAAAAAUGACAUGUACACACUUUUCCUCUUACCCCAAAUGAUAUUUCCGUUAAUAUUAAUGUUAUUAAUGAAGUUGAGGUGUCAAAUUACGUAGAGAAAAAACACAGUUUUGGCCGUAAUCUGUUCUGUAAAGUUCUUUGAUAAAUCAUUUGCGGUGUACCUUGACAUUUCCGUGAUUGCACUUCAAAGCCGGGUUAUACGGUACGUAGCACAUAUGAUGUGUCUGAAUGCAGAAUGUACAGUGCAGUGUGAUGCCCAGUAACAGCUUUUUAACCAUCAGUUUUAUUGACCAUCUCCUUAUAAUGCUUGAAUUACUGUGGGAAUGUCUCUCACACUGUUAUUAAAAAGCACAAUAUCUUUGCAUUAGGGAACGCUGUUCACUGCCAUUGCUUUUUCCUCAAGAGAUACCUUAUAGAUUGCAGCUCUGCUUAUAAAUUAUCUUUACACGCUGCUGGAGGAAGAGGCUUGUUUAUAAUAAACGCUGAAUGAAACGACAUCAGGGAGAAGUAGGAGUCUCGGCGCAGUUCGUUGCAGCUAAAACUGCUCGGUGUGAUCCGACGUUAGCAGUCUGAAAAGACGGAGCACGAUUUCUGCGUGUCAUAAAUCUGCUCUGUCAUGUCUCAGCUCAUUGUUCAGCUCAUGCACCUGUCUAGCUGUCUUCUCUAGCCUGUGAUGCUUUUUUUCCCCCUGCUUCACUCAGCUCAUGCAGCCUUUAUUCAGCACUGUCUCACUUUUACGUUCUUUCCUGAACCCUGUUUUUUCCUCUCGGCCCUGUCUGUCAGCCGCCAGUCAGACAGACUACUACAUAUAGACAGGCGUCUGUGUGUCCCCUGCUCUGUUUGACUGAUCUCUGAACCCUUGUUGGGCCUUUACACUUUCAAUAAGUGUUUACCGCUGCAGGAUUACUGCAACUACACGGCCUUCAGCUGGGGUUUAUAGUGUGUCCUGUCUAGCACUGAGAUUACAUGCAAUACGUUAUAAAUGAAAUGUAUGAACUUAUGCAGCUUGCUGUUAUAGUGGUGUGUUUCCGCUCCUUUAUUCAAGGACAUCUUGAAUAAACUGCAGUUGU